AAAUCUCAGCACGGAUUCGAAAAGUUCGUUUGGCUUUUGCCAACUUACGUCACCUAUGGUGAAGGCGAUACAUCCGUUUAUCAAUAAAAGGUCGAGUGUACUGCGCGGCAGUCCGUUCUGUCUUACUUUACCGCAGCGAAACAUGGCCAUUAAGAGUAGAAGACACUCGUAAGCCAUUAAUAUUUGACCACAUGCCUUAGAAAUAUUGUUGGCAUCUGCUGGGAUCACCGGGUUAGUAAUAGUGAGGUUAGACGCAGGGUAUUAGGGAAUGAUGGUAAAUCAGUUGAUGAGGUUAUGAAUCUUCAUCGACUGAGAUGGUUGGGCCACGUGUUACGUAUGCCUGAACACCGACUACCACGACGUGCAAUGCUAUCCGGUAUUGGAGAUGGUUGGAAGAAAGUUAGGGGCGACCAAACCAAAACGUGGCAUCAGUGCUUGAAGUCACGGACUUCUAGUCUGAGCCAUGUUGGUAGAUGCGGAUUACUUGGUUGGAGUCCGCGUGACUAUCGUAACCAAUGGUUGGAGAUUCUUGGUGACAUGGCUCAGAAUCGAUCACAAUGGCGUCGGUGUAUACACUCCCUGUCUUCCCUUAAACUAAGAGAUUAAAAUCACUUCAUAUCUUUCUUUCUACGAACCAAUUUUUUCUUCUUGUACUAUAUCUCUAU